ACAAAAUGGCGCCCUUCACGGCUGUAGUUCAUGUAUGGAAGCUAGAUUAAGAGACACGGUCAGAAGACAACAUGGGGAGGAUGUUAGCUAUGGAAUCCCUUGAUUUUGUGCUAUUUCAUUCCCUUGUCCUGACAAUAGUGACCUGUGUGGAAUUUGAAUGUUUUCAAUACAGCGACCAUUUGACAGACAAGGCAAUGUACAGAUUGAAGGAACGAGGACUGUGGAAGAACCUAACUUGUAGGCCCGGCACCAAGUGGAACCGGAACGGGUGCUACUGUGCCACUGACUGGACGGAAGAGGAAGCACAUGACCCGCAGCACACUCACUGCGACAACUUUCAAACUGUGGCCGGUGAACCGUCUCAGUAUAAGCAAAAGAAUCCUACCAACAACAGUUGGGAAACCAAGGACUGUCGAGACUUUGAUGAAAAACUCUCGUGGAACCAAACAGUUUGUCAAUGUGUACAACACCAGGAGACGAUCAAUGUUGAUCCGGACAGCACGGCGUGUGACACCAUGUUUGAUUAUUGUUUCGACACAGACACGGUCAGCUCUAAAUAUUACAUUAAAAAGACAAACAAACAAAAGACACAAACUGUUGAAGACGUGGACGCAUAUAAUGGCAAAGCCGUUUUCCUCAAUCAAGCUCCGCUUUUGGUACCCAUCUUCCUCAACAACGAACUGGGAGUCUCCUUUCAGAUUUACGUCAGAUUUAAACUUGAGGCCACAAACAGGGAAGAUUUAAAAGACAAGUAUCAAGUGAUAUUCUCCAGUAAGGGUGAAAAUCACACCGCAACUAUAUCUUGCAGUUAUAAGCCAAGCACCUAUACUUAUCGGUUACUCCUUCAGAACGAAACUCAACCAGCUCCGGUGAUACAGGAAUGCUUUUAUGAAGCUGGAGACAAGUUUACCUCUUGGAAGAGCAUAUAUAUCCUAUAUCAGGAUGGUGAAGUUAUCAUGGCUGUUAACGGAAAGCCAUGUUUACAGUUUGAGUUCACAGGGUAUCCAAAGUUUAAGUGUCCUUUGGCUAUAGGGGGGUACCCAUCUACAUAUGAUGAUGGACGGACCUCGGAUGAAUCCAUUAUGCUCGGAUAUAUUGACGUGAUGUCAGUGGACAGGAAUUGCAGGUCGCCAAUCCCGUAAUAAACUGAUUUAUCAGAAAUGUCCGUAAUGUAAUAAAGGGGGAUAACCAAGGGAAUCUACAUACCUAAGUCCUUAUGGCUAUACUAUAGUUUGCAGCCAGGACUUGGGCAUCAUCGCACAGCAAGUGACUGAUUUCCCUGCCACAGGUAGUCAGCAUGAAUAAGUGAAUAGUUAUUAAUGUGCUUAUCUGCUGCAGCAAUUGGGUAAUUACCUUAUCAUUAUGCAAUUCGCACGCAUACAUCUAAAAGCACCACUUAACUGUUGUUCUUAUUAGUUUUAGAAAUGCAUAUUAUAUUUAUUAUGUUUCUGAUAUGUGGCAAAUUUAUGUUCAAAAAUGUGGGUUAAUGUCUGUGUUAUAUUUUGAACUAUUCCUCUGUAUGUGCCAAGGGUAUAAUAGCCAUAAUCUGGCAACUGAUCUUGGUUCAGGUAAAACAGACUUCCCUUCUCAUUAUAAAUGAAUUAUUUCCAAGUUAUUUAAGUUAUGGUUAAAAAUAAUUUCCCACGAGAGGUGCUCACAUUAAAUACUAUCUGUAGAUGAGAGUUAAUAAAAUUUACUUACCUGUACAACAGUUUAAUUAGCCGUGUGCAUUGGAGAUGUCUCUAUGCUGACAUUUUUCUACUUUCAUUAUUUUCCACAUGCAAUGAAUUUUAUAAUGCUCCAGUGACUAGCAUCUUUGAAUACGACAUCAGUGAUAACAGCUGUGCUUUAUAUACACAUUGUUUUAUAUACUAGGUAUAUAUUAUUGUCUGCAUCUUGUCAUCUUUAUUUAAUUUUAUUAUUUUUCAACGUGCAGUGAAUUGUAUAAUGUAUGAGUGAUUGAUGCUCUGUGAAACCUACAUUUGUGAAAAUUGAAAUGAAGCUGUUGUGCUACAUCUUCAUGUACACAAGAAUGAAUUCGUCUUUCAUUUAGUGUGUUGAUAUGCCAUAAUGCGUUUAUUCUAUAUUAGCUAUCAAAAUUUUAAAAAAAUAAUAAAACA